CUUCAGAUGCAAUGAAUAGCGUUUCAGAUACGAUGAGCAACAGUAACCAACUUAUUAAUAAUUUUGAAAGUAAUUUUUUUACAACUUCAGAUGCACUAAGUAGUGCUUCGGACACAAUAAGUAGUAGUGACCAAUCAAUAGUUACGAGUGAAAUUGAAUUACAAGAGACGAAAACAGAAUGUGCACAAUCUAUAGUAGAAGACAAUGGAAUUAAUUUUCAGCCACUAUCCGGAGAGUACGAUCCAUAUUUUAAAAAUUUUACAGAGAUGUCACUUUUUAUAUGA